AUGUCUUCUGCGGACACCGACUCCUGGGCCUAUAGCCAGGCCAAGCUGGAUAAUGAGGUAGAUGCCCUCGUUGAGCAAUAUCAAUCUGUCAAGACACCUACCACCGUUAUUCACCUGUCGAAGACUCCUGGCUACCCUGAACUCUUCAACCACGUAUUCAAACACCAUAUCAACCUGAUCAGGUCGCGUUCCCAGGCGUUCGAAGAUGCUCAUAUCACGGUAUAUGACAAGGCACUACUGAUUCUCACCAACAAUGGCAAUAGACUGCCUCAUUUUGGGGCUAUAGAGCUGUUCAAAAACGAGAUACUGGGUAUCAGGAGAGAAGAGGAUAUGGGAAAACUUGACGCGCUGUUUAGCAAGAAUAUUGCACUACGCGCUAUUCUUGGUUAUGUUACUGGAUGGAAGAAGGGAGCAGAAUCAGAACAGUCGCAGGCUGAAAUCGCGACACCAGAAUUCUCGAGGAAGCCUGGUCGUGUCCAGCAGAAUGAGCCCCUAACACCGCCGUCUAGUGCUUCCAAACGGGAGCUGGACGAACGCCUCACGGCCAUGUUGAAGACAUUUGCCACGGCUCAACUCGAGCAUAACUCGUUCAUAAACAACAAGGGCCAUGCAAAGUACAAGGCCGCCAAAUUUCUAAGAGAUAGCGCGGAGAACACGCUUCAACAUCUACGCAACCACGACCCGGAGCACUGCAUGGUCCCCGUCCUCAAGCAAGCCUUCGACAUCGCCCAGCGCGAGAUUGUGGAGAUGAACGGAGGGCGAAAGAGGUCAUUUGAUAUGACCGACAAGGAGUGCCCAGAUCGCCAUGCCUAUUGUCAUGGCUCGCCCGGAAGCCAAAGGCAGACUACGGAUGCGGCCAAUAUGCUUCCCCGAGACAUCGAUGCAAUGAGGGACUUCGACGAUGGGCCACCCAGUCGCCCGUUGGCGAUUCCACCGCAAGUCGAAGGCUUUCACUCGUCCCGCGCCGAUGACAUACUCUCCUCCGAUUCAAUAUUAACCCCGGACUCGAGCACGACAGGAUGGGGGAACGACGAUAUAACCUCCACGAGCAUGACCGGACGUGGCGUGGGCUUGAAGAGGCUGGAAACAGAUAUCCCUGACGAGGACGAUAGGCCGGAUAUUCCACAUACGCGCGUGGAGGAGGGCGACGAUGACGAACGAGAUGGAUCUGAGAACGGGCUGGAUAGCUCGGAUAAUGAACGAUAUCAGGAUAAUCCAGGGCGUGGUGUAGAGGACGACCUGGAGCUCGCUUCAUACUCGUUGAAUUCAUUUACCCAGGAAGAGGAGGCUAGGGUCAUCAAGAAGUUCGAUAACCGGUUGACCAUGUUCCUGGCUUUUCUAUACAUGCUCUCGUUCCUUGACCGAUCAAAUAUUGGAAACGCGCGAAUCGCAGGGCUAAUGGACGAUCUAAACCUCUCUUCCGGGCAAUACGAAUGGGUCCUUACGUCCUUCUAUGUCACAUACAUCUGUUUUGAAUGGAUGACUCUGAUGUACAAGAUCAUUCCUGCACACAUAUACAUACCCAUCUGCGUUUUUGCCUGGGGGAUCCUCGCCUCGAUGCAGUGCCUUGUGACAUCGUUCUGGCAACUCGUCUUUCUGAGAGCUUUGAUAGGCGUCUCAGAAGCAGCCUUCUCACCCGGUGUCCCAUUUUUCCUAUCCUUUUUUUACAAGAGGGAGGAACUUGCUUUUCGUACGGGCAUGAUAUUAUGUGCUGCCCCCUUAGCAACCUCAUUUGCCGGUUCACUGGCUUGGUUGAUUGUUUGGGCAAGUGAGAAUGGCCCAAUUGCUCCAUGGCGAGCUCUCUUUUUGUACGAAGGGUUUCCUAGUAUAAUUGUGGCGUUUAUUGCAUGGGCGUAUAUCCCAGAUGGCCCAGGGAAGGCUAAAUACCUUACUCCCAGAGAGCGGAAAGUAGCGAAGCUCAGACUUAGGGUGGGAAAGCCUAGACAUGAGUCUAAGAAGACCAAGUUUGACUGGGGAGAAGUCGGAAGGACGCUCUGCGAUCCAAAGUCAUAUAUCACUGCAUUCAUGUUUCUCAGCUGCAAUGUUGCAUUCAGUUCCCUGCCAGUCUUCUUGCCAACGAUAUUACACGACAUGGGCUACUCAAAACUCACCUCUCAAGCUCUCUCUGCACCUCCCUAUCUCUUCGCUUUUGUUGUAGUGCUUAUAACCGCAUCCUUAUCCGACCGCUACCGAAGCCGCAGUUUCUUCCUCAUCAUCCUCGCCCUCAUCUCCUCCAGCACAUACCUCACCAUCGCUCUCACAGGCUACUUCCACUCCUACCUCCCUCCCUCGGUUCAUAUCCUCAUCCGAUAUGUAUGUCUUUACCCAGCUGCUGCCGGGUUCUUCUCCGCCAUCACAAUCAUCAUAGCCUGGACUAUGGAUAACAAGCCUGCCGGGGAAGGUAAAGGGACAGGCAUGGCAAUACUGAAUAUCAUCGGCCAGUGCGGUCCUCUGAUUGGUACAAGACUAUACCCUGAGACAGACGGGCCAUGGUAUAUUAAGGGAAUGACCGUUUGCUCACUAUUCAUGCUGCUCGUUGCUGUUCUCGCCUUUUCACUGAGAAUCCUGCUCCAGCGGGAAAAUAUGCGAGCCAUAGCUGCCGCAGCGGGUACUGCCGCGGUGGCUAACAAUGGUGUCCUAAACCACGAUGAAGAUACUAUAUCCGCUGCUGAGGGACGAGAUGGUGCAACUGAGAGACUGAUGGGAUCUGGUGCUCCAAAGUCGCCAGCUGUAGGCGGUACCAUGGAGAAACCACCCCGUGCCAGAUUUGUAUACAUCAUAUAA